AUGCCCGACAUACCAGUCCCCGCGCCCCACCCACGUACAACCCGGAUCCACCUCACCCACCUCACACCUUCCCCUCCGCAGACAUCCACCCGCACAGUCCAAAGAGGCCCAUCCCCCCCCGCCCCGCCGCCAGCACUUCCGCCGGCGCACUACGCCGACCUCUCCGCCACACGCCAUUUCCCCCCCUCGCUCUCUCGCCCCUCCGCCCCCCAUACCCAGCCGCGCCCUCGCCCGCCCCGACGCGCUCCGCUCCCCCCAUCCUGCCCUCCCCGCGGACCCCCCCCCGGCCCGCAACCACGCCGUGCUCCACCACCCCUCCAUCUAAGCCCCCGCCCCCCCCAUGAUCAACGCGACACCACACACCAGCCUCGACACUCCGCCUUGCUCCCCGACUAG